AUGCUACAGUUUCGAAAUGAACUUGGUCCAGGGAAGACUCUGAGAGUGAAUUGCACAUCGAAAGAUGACGUGAUAGGGGUCAAGGAGGUGGCGUUCAAAAAGGAUUACGACUUUAGGUUUGGGGAAGACAGGCAAUCAAGAACAAUAUGGAGAUGUCUCUUGAGGUGGAGAAAUGGUCAAGAGGAGUUGUAUCAUGACUUAUGGCCUGCCUACAGAGGAGGCAGCACACCUCGGUGUGGUGAGAUUCGGUCAUGGAUCGCUGUACCUGCUGGCGUUCACUUGGGCAAAAACGGCAAACCGGGAUCGUACGUUGAUAAAUGGUUCUCCAACAAGGAUCCCCAAGUGCGACCAUAG